UAUAAUUCUUCAAAGUUGAAAUGUUAUCGAAUAGUCGAUCAGCUCGAGUACCAAAAUGUGCAAGAUGCAGAAAUCACGGAAUGAUUUCAACUUUAAGAGGCCACAAGAAACAAUGUAUUUACAAAAAUUGUUCUUGUGCUAAAUGUGGUCUAAUCAAGGAAAGGCAAAGGAUUAUGGCGGCUCAGGUGGCCCUAAAACGACAACAAGCGGCCGAAGAUGCAAUCGCCCUUCAUCUAGCCUCCGCAGAAAACGGCACCACUUACGAUUAUCUCCCUCCUGGUCGUAUUUAUGGCAUGCAAGUCACAUCACCUGAACCGGAAGAAGAAAAACAAACUUCGCAACAAGAAACCCAAGAUGAAGUCCUUGUUAGUCCAGCAUCUAUCGAUAUGCUUAGCAAACUUUUCCCUAACAAAAAAAGAUCAGUCUUAGAACUCGUCCUGAAACGUUGCAAUCACGAUUUACUUAAAGCCAUAGAACAUUUUAACUUGACUAAAUCGAAUACUAGUUCUUCGGAGUCCGAAUCUAGCACCAAAGAAGAAAACAGUUCUGCUUUCAAACCCGUUGAUGCUAAUAAACCUAAACCUUUCAAUACUCUACACCAAAAUUCAUUACCCUUGAUUUCUGGAAGCAAGGUUUUCAUGCACAGUUUGUACCCUUUUUUGCCGUUGUUUAAUCCCCAACCUGUUUUACCUAGUCCAGUUUAUGUCCCAGGAUUUUGUGAAUGUGAACAGUGCAAACAUAGCCUCUAUGCUAGGUUGGAACCUAGACAGUAAACUUAUGUGCAAUAAGAAUGACAAGAUAU